AGUUCUCCGAUCUGCGGAGUGUGGAGGUGCGCUAUCGGUGCUGCACGGGGGGUAGGGGGAGCGCCGCCAUUUUGGGGUUCAGCCGCCGCCAGCGCUUCUCUCCCACGGUAGGACCGUUGUGGCAGCACUAUGUCGUCUCCCGCCUCCACGCCCAGCCGCCGGCGCGGCAAGCGAGGGCGAGGCAGCAACCCGCCGACCCCGCAAGACGCCCGCUCCCCUCCCUCGCAGAGGCGCCGCCCGGACGACUCCGCUUCCACCGGAGAGCUGCAACCGCUGCCCACCUCCCCGCCCGCCGAGCAGAGCCCCCGAGCGCCCGACGCCCUCUUCUCCAGUCCACCGCAGUUCCGCCAUUCGGCUAUUCCUCUGGAUUUCGAUAUCAGCUCACCACUGACCUAUGGCACACCUAGCUCCCGGGUGGAAGGCACCCCGCGCAGUGGUGUGCGGGGGACGCCCGUCAGGCAGCGACCCGACCUCGGCUCUGCCCGCAAGGCCAGACAGGUCGACCUACACUCAGAUGGGCAAGCUGAGGAUCUAGCUGAGCAGUCCCUUGGACAAAGGCUUGUUAUCUGGGGAACAGAUGUUAAUGUAGCCUCCUGCAAAGAAAAGUUCCAGAAAUUUCUUCAGCGUUUCAUUGAUCCAUUGGCAAAAGAGGAUGAAGACAUUGGCUUGGAUCUCAACCAGCCACGCUAUAUGCAACGACUUGAAGAGAUUAAUAUGGUUGGGGAACCAUUUCUGAAUGUAAAUUGUGACCAUCUAAGAGCAUUUGAUGAAAAUCUUUACAGACAGCUCAUCUGCUAUCCUCAGGAAGUUAUCCCAACGUUUGACAUGGCUGCCAACGAGAUCUUUUUUGAUCGCUAUCCUGAUUCCAUAUUAGAACAUCAAAUUCAAGUACGGCCGUACAAUGCACUGAAGACUAGGAAUAUGAGAAGCCUAAACCCUGAAGACAUCGAUCAACUUAUCACCAUCAGUGGUAUGGUGAUCAGGAGUUCCCAGCUAAUUCCUGAGAUGCAAGAAGCAUUCUUUAAGUGCCAGGUGUGCGCAUUCACCGCAAGAGUAGAAAUUGACCGCGGCAGGAUUGCUGAACCAUCAGUGUGCAAGAACUGUAACACAACGCACAGUAUGGCUCUGAUUCACAACAGAUCCAUGUUUUCUGACAAACAGAUGAUCAAACUGCAGGAAUCCCCUGAAGAUAUGCCAGCCGGACAGACACCUCAUACAGUUGCACUGUUUGCUCACAAUGAUCUCGUUGAUAAAGUUCAACCAGGCGAUAGAAUUAAUGUCACAGGUAUCUACAGGGCAGUCCCAAUUCGAGUUAAUCCCAGGGUCAGCGUUGUAAAAUCUGUCUAUAAAACCCACAUUGACGUCAUACAUUAUCGCAAGACUGAUUCAAAACGCCUGCAUGGUGUUGAUGAGGAAACGGAGCAAAAAAUGUUUACAGAGGAACGUGUGGCACUUCUAAAAGAGUUAUCUACCAAAGCAGACAUAUAUGAGAGACUUUCUUCAGCACUGGCCCCAAGUAUCUAUGAGCAUGAAGAUAUUAAAAAGGGUAUUCUACUUCAGCUUUUUGGAGGAUCAAGAAAGGAUUUCACUCACACAGGAAGAGGCAACUUCCGUGCAGAGAUCAACAUUCUUCUCUGCGGUGAUCCUGGCACUAGUAAAUCCCAGCUGCUCCAGUAUGUGUACAACCUGGUUCCUCGAGGCCAGUAUACCUCUGGGAAAGGCUCAAGUGCAGUUGGUCUUACUGCAUAUGUGAUGAAGGAUCCAGAAACUCGGCAGCUGGUUCUUCAGACGGGCGCUUUAGUACUCAGUGAUAAUGGAAUCUGCUGCAUUGAUGAGUUUGAUAAAAUGAAUGAAAGCACAAGAUCAGUACUUCAUGAAGUAAUGGAACAACAGACUCUCUCCAUUGCAAAGGCUGGAAUCAUUUGUCAACUGAAUGCUCGUACAUCUAUUCUAGCAGCAGCUAACCCUGUAGAAUCACAAUGGAAUCCAAAAAAGACUACUAUAGAAAACAUCCAGCUUCCUCACACGCUGUUAUCGAGAUUUGACUUGAUCUUUUUAAUGUUGGACCCACGUGAUGAAGCCUAUGACAGACGCCUUGCUCGCCACUUAGUUUCACUGUACUACCAAAGUGAAGAAAGGCUGGAGGAGGAGUACAUGGACAUGGCAGUACUGAGGGAUUACAUUGCCUUUGCUCGUGGUUAUAUAAAUCCCAGGUUAAGUGAGGAAGCAAGCCAAGCCCUUAUUGAGGCAUACGUGGACAUGAGGAAGAUUGGAAGUGGCAGGGGAAUGGUUUCUGCAUAUCCUCGACAACUUGAGUCUCUGAUCCGACUGGCAGAAGCCCAUGCUAAAGUACGCUUCUCUGAGAAAGUUGAAACCAUUGAUGUAGAAGAAGCAAAACGCCUCCAUCGGGAAGCUCUAAAGCAGUCUGCUACUGACCCAAGGACUGGCAUUGUGGACAUAUCCAUCCUCACUACAGGAAUGAGCGCAACUGCACGUAAGCGGAAAGAGGAGUUGGCUCAAGCCUUGAAGAAGCUUAUCCAGUCAAAGGGUAAAACACCAGCUUUGAAGUAUCAGCAGCUUUUUGAAGAUCUCCGAGCACAGUCUGACACAGCUGUCACUAAAGAGAUGUUUGAGGAAGCACUUCGUGCCUUGGCUGAUGAUGACUUCUUGACUGUGACUGGAAAAACUGUUAGAUUGCUGUAAGUUAGUCCUUCCUUGCCAGCCAGCUGUGGCUUUUACUUCGUCUUCUGUACAAUGCUGCCAGCUUGGAAGAUCUUCCAAGUUUUGGGAAUAUCAUUUGCUGUAAGUGCCACUUAAUAUCUUGUGCUGAUAGAGUAGUAACCAUUGUGAAGGUCUAAAAUGCUUUAAUUGAGUAAUGCUAUUUACAUUUGAGAAAAUGUAAUUACUAGUGUUUUAUUGCUAUGUUUUUAUGUUUUGUAGAACAUGCUAAUAUCACUGUAUGCAUUUCCAAUGGAAUUGUAAAAAUUCAUCAUAAAUUACUGAUAAAUGCAGUUGGACUUUGCUGUUAUCUGUAAUAAAGUUAUUUGAUUUAAAAGUCUACAUGCAUAUCUUGUGAUAAACCGUUUUCAAUCUAGAAUUUCUGAUUGCUGCUAGAAAGCUUUGAGAGCAUGAAAGCUAGUGGGUUUGUUGUUUUUUUUUUUUAAAUCUAACUUAUGUACUUUUGUGUUAGUAUCCACAAGAUUAAAAGAAAAAGAUAGGUAUCUUCUACUUGAAAGUGAAGUUUCUUAAUGUAAUCUUAAUUAUGACUGGCUAAAUUAAGAUAGCACAAGGCAUUACAAUAAGGGAUAGGUAAGUCCUGAAAGAACAAGGUUACAGUAUUGCGUGGCUGAAGAUCUUCUGUUUUGGCUGGGUAGAUAUAUAUGCCUUCAACCACUGCAUGUGAAUCACUGCUACAGUUUAAACAGCUGAACUAACAGGAGAGUUGUCUAAUUCACUUCAGUGCAGACAACACUGUGCUCAUCUCAACUGCUUGCUUAACAAUUUCAGGCAAAAAGGGUGUCACAAUCAGUGUUCUGAAGUCAAGACCCCCAUAUUUAUAGCAGUUUCCUGGACAUCAUAAGGCCAUGACCCUCCAACCCUAAGAAUGUCCCAGGACAAUGAAAACAUGGCUGUGCUGGGUGAGGGGAGGCUAGGGCCUGAGAGUUGCCCUCCUUGUCACCUGUGAGAGUCUGUGGGGUGCCAUUUUAAGGCCAUUUCUCUGUAAUGCUUUCACUGUUGAUUCCAAUAAAGAUCUGGAAAUUAUAUUAAGUAAAUGCAUGGACAAUGCUUAGCUGAAAGGAAGGAAGGAAUUCAGUUUUACUAUGAUACUUGGCACUAGUGAGGCCUCACCUCGAGUACAGUGUUCAGUUUUGGACAUCUCAGUACAGAAGGGACAUAGAGGUGCUGGAGGAGGUCCAAAGAAGGGCAACAAGGCUUGUGAAGGACUUGGAGAAUACGCCCUGUAAGGACUGACUGAAGGAACUGGGGAUAUUUAGUAUGGGGAAGAGGAGGCUGAGGGCAGACCUUAUUGCUCUCUUCAAACACCUGAAAGUUGACAGCAGCAAGAGCGGGUGACAGGAUGAGGUGUCAAGUUGCACCAGGGUAAGUUUAAGUUAGAUAUCAGGAAAAACUUAACACCUAGAGAGGGUUGUUAAGCACUGGAAUAGGCUCCUAGGGAGGUGGUUCAGUCACCAUCCCUGGAUGUGUUUAAAAACCAUUUGGACGUGGUGCUCAGGGACACAAUUUGGCAGGGGUUGUUAGAAUUUGGGUAGUAUGGUUGGGCUGUGGUUGGACUUGAUCUUUAAGGUCUUUUCCAACCUGAACAAUUCUAUGAUUAAAACAAAACUAAUGUUUUACCGAAAUAGUGCCAUCUUUUUAGUAGCUUCUAAUUCUUAAUGCUUAGCAAAACACUGGAGAAUGCGGGCAUCGAUCCCGCUACCUCUCGCAUGCUAAGCGAGCGCUCUACCAUUUGAGCUAAUUCCCCCCUUUUCACCAUUAAUAGAGAUGAUAAAGCUCCCAGGUUCAGACUAUAUAAUCUGCAGAUUUUAAGUGGAUGUAUUUUUCAUCAUUUUUCAUUUUCUCUUGCACUUGUCUCUCUUCAUAAAUGAAAACACAUUCAACUUCAAUUUUUAAAACCGUGUAAUAUUUCAUUUUUCAUUUCUUAUCAGUUCAUUUGGAAAUAAGAUGAAAUAAAUGUGUUUUCCAGGUGUAAAAAAUAUUUUUUAGAAGUUUAUUACUUGGAAUUCUUAGGACGUAUUAGUUCUGACAUUUGAUUCUUCCUUUCUCUUCUCCUUGCGAUGCGUCAGUCUCUACUUAUAUAUAUUUUCUAUAAAUAU